CAACCGACCCCUACAGCCUCAUCUUCUCUUCAUCUCGUCUGGCGAUCAACGUUGGUCAAGUGGUCAGCAUGUCGGCAUCAUCUGCCACCCCGUACGACCGCUCAACCCUCCUAACAGGUCUGACCAUCGGCGUCUUCCUCACCCUCUCAGCUCCCAAACUCCUCCGUCUCCUCAACCUCCAACCUUCCGAAAAUCCAAGAAUCAAGUCCCAUGGCAAAAUCGCUCCCGAGAAAGACAUUAGAAUUGGCAUGGAGGGGUUGAUCGGGAAUACACCUUUGGUGAAGAUCAAGAGCUUGAGUGAAGCUACAGGUUGUGAGAUUCUGGCAAAAGCGGAGUUUCUGAACCCUGGUAACUCACCUAAAGACCGCGUCGCCCUCUCCAUUAUCCUCGAAGCCGAGAAGAAUGGGCUAUUACGUCCCUCACAUUCCCUCCACCACCGCCCAACAGACAACACAGACGACCAUAACGCUGUCUCAUCUCACCUCCGUGCAGAUAACGAUUCCCUCGAACCCAUUACCUCUGGCAAAGUCGAAGACCCAGAUACAAUCUACGAAGGCACAGUCGGAUCAACCGGGAUUUCAUUGGCUAUUCUGGCAAGAGCACGAGGGUACAGAGCACACAUCUGCAUGCCCGACGACCAAUCACCCGAGAAAUCCAACCUCUUACGAGCAUUGGGCGCACACGUCGAACAAGUCCGUCCAGCCUCCAUCGUCGAUAAAUCACAAUUCGUGAACCGAGCGUAUUCCCGAGCUGAGGAGCAUAGUGCAGAUGAAAGCAGGGACAGCCGAGGUUUCUUCGCAGACCAAUUCGAGAACGAGGCGAAUUGGUGUGCACACUAUGACACCACCGGUCCAGAGAUCUAUUCACAAAGCGGUGGGGUCGUGGAUGCUUUCGUCGCUGGUGCGGGGACGGGGGGUACACUCUCCGGUUGCGUAAAGUAUCUCAAACCACUGCUGCCGGAUAUGAAGGUGUUUUUGGCGGAUCCGCCGGGGAGUGGGUUGUUCAAUAAAGUCAAUUAUGGGGUGAUGUUUGACGAGAAGGAGAGGGAAGGGAGGAGGAGGCGGCACCAGGUUGAUACGGUCGUGGAGGGAAUUGGGAUUAAUCGGAUUACGAACAAUUUCAGGCGAGGGGAGGAGUAUGUGGACAAAGCGAUCCGGGUGACGGAUGAGGAGGCGGUUGCGAUGUCGAGGUAUCUGGUCGAGCAUGAUGGGCUUUUCCUUGGGUCUAGUUCGGCGGUUAAUUGUGUUGCGGCCGUACGCGCUGCGAGGGAGUUGGGAGAGGAGAGUGGGAAGGUGGUCGUUACUAUUCUGUGUGAUCCGGGGAACAGGCAUCUCGGGAAGUUCUGGAGUGAUGAGUAUUUGAAAGAUUACGGCAUCGAUGUGGAUGAUUUGGAUUGGAGUGAUCUCGGGUUCUUGGAUCAGAAAUAG